AAACUUUUUGUGCCCUUCCAUCACCACCACCAGCAACUUCACAUCAUGGCGACCGCGAACAUUUGGGUCGCUGCUAGCGACGGCAACAUCGACGCCGUCACAGCCUACCUCCAAGGCGGCGCUUCUGUGAAUGCACAGGACGAAAACGGCUACACACCACUCCAAGCCGCGGUGAGCUACAACCACACUGAACUGGUGCAAUACUUGCUGGCUGGUGGGGCGUCGGCUACGUUGAGCGACUUCGACAGCGAAACACCCUUGCACUUUUGUGAAAGCGUUGAGAUCGCUCAGAUAUUGCUGGCCCGCGGCGCCGACAUUAACGCCAAGAACGCUGACCUGCGCACGCCUCUGGACUCUGCCCUGGACGACGAAAACGAAGAGCUCGUGGCGUUCUACGAGGCCAACGGAGCUGUAAGCUCUGGCAUUGUGUCGGAAGAAUCGGCGUCGCUCGCGCAACUCCAAGCGAUGAUGGAAGCGCAGGAGAACGCCGACGGACACAACGCUGUCGAUAUGGAUUAAUAUGUACUAGUAAUUCUCCUGUUAUGUUUGGAACACGCACAUCUACG